UACAGGAUCCGGCCUGGGGUUGGCGCUACGAGCGGGUGCUGGGUGCCUUGCUGUUUCUGUGCGGAACCAAACUGAGGGCAGAGUUAGAGAAACAGACUCACUUAGUGACGCUGUUAGGAGCUGUGGCUGAGAGGGUCAGACAGGCCGCAGGGUCCACGAGACAGGUAGCGCUGCAGGAGGGCCUGGAAAAUGUUCAAAACUUUUUCCAGAGGAACAGCUGCCGACUGCCCCUCAGCCCCAGCCUGGUGGCCAAAGAACUAAACAUCAAGGCCUGCUCCUUCUUCAACUCCAAUGCAGUUCCUCUCAAGUUGGCGCUGGUCAACGCUGACCCUCUGGGGGAAGAGAUCAACGUCAUGUUUAAGGUUGGAGAAGACCUGAGGCAGGACAUGUUGGCUCUGCAGAUGAUCCGCAUCAUGGACCGCAUCUGGCUGCAGGAAGGUCUGGACCUGCGUAUAGUCAACUUUAAAUGCAUCUCCACUGGAAAAGACAAAGGUAAAAGACAAAUGUGGUUACAGUGAAUGUCAGUCCACCUUAAUAUGACACAACACAGACUG